UCGAGUUUAAAAGCCUCACUUUACGUCACUAAUGUUGUUCUGUUGAGGCUUGGGCUCAAUCUUGUUCCUUUUAGGAGUCAAUAUAAAAUAUUGACCACGCCAGUGAGAAUACUGCAGUUCUUGGUUACGCAGUGUAGUGAUAUAUUGGUGCUUGCCAACUAUUCGCGAUUUAUUUGAGAUUUCAAGUUCUGUCCCUUAUCGCCAGUUCUGAAAACAUUUAUAUCGUAUUUUGCCGGAAAUGAGCAUCAUUGCAACCAAGGAAAUGACUAUUGAAGAAGAUAAAUCUAUUUCAGAGUUGAGGAACAGGCUGUCCUCAGAAAUGAAGCUUGAGCACAAAAGUGACGAUUAUCUAUUUCUCAGAUUUCUUAGAGCUCGAGACCACAAUCUCAACAAAGCAGAAGACAUGCUGAGAAACCAUAUUCAAUGGAGAGAAAAGAAUGAUAUUGAUGAUAUUGAAAUGUUUAAGCCUCCAGAGGUAGCUAAGUAUUUUCCCUUGAAUUUGCUCGGAUAUGACAAAACAGGUUCACCAGUUCGUUACCUACCCUUUGGAAACAUGGAUGCUAAAGGUUUGCUGAAGUCAGCUAAAAAGCAUGACUGUGUAAAGUCAGUUGUACAGAAACUGGAAAUGGAUUCUAUUCGUAUGAAGGAAAUUUCAAAAAAGACUGGAAAACUUGUAGAUCAGUGGAUUUAUAUUUUCGACUUUGAAAAUUACACUUUUGCUAAAGCAACACAUAAGCCAACUCUUCAGAUGCUUGCUUAUUUAAUGAUGACGUAUGAGUCUCAUUAUCCUGAAAGGCUCAAGUUAGCUUUUGUAAUAAAUGCUUCUGUUUAUUUCACGCUGAUUUUCAGUGUAGUCAAACCUCUUUUCACGGGUGCUACUUUAAAUAAAAUCAAAAUUUUUGGAAAAGACGGCUGGCAAGACGAAUUGCGCAAAUACAUCUCUGAUGAUGUACUUCCAGUGGCUUUGGGUGGCAACAGAAUAGAUCCUGAUGGUGAUCCUCGAUGCUCAACUACCGUUAACCAGGGCGGCCCUGUACCUCCAAGCUACUACUUCCGCAGCAGUACUCGACGCCUAUGCUACCAACCAGGUGUGAAGAAGCUUCACGUAUCAAGAAUGUCUAAAGUCAACGUUGUUUUGCAUGUAGAUGAGCCUGGGUCCUUAAUUGAAUGGGAAUUCGAAACUGAGAACAGAGACAUUGGUUUUGGUCUUUACUUCAAAGAAAUAGAUAAGAUUCAGGAAAAGCCUAGAGAACUAAUUCCGAAACAGAGGGUAGAAGCACAUGUUGCCUGUGAGACAGGAAUGUAUCAGUGUGAAAAUCCCGGAACAUAUAUCCUGAUGUUCGACAAUUCAUAUAGUUGGCUUCAACAGAAAGAAAUUUUCUGUCGAGCUGUUGUUGUCAGGCCGACUGGUGAAAAAGUACCAUUUUUAGAAAAAAAUUAAAAUCUUUUCAUCAAUGCAUUACUUCAGUAAUUUUAUCAUGCUUCACUUAUGAUCAAUAUUUAAAACUUGCAUCAUAAUAGCGGCAUAUUUUUAAAAAAUGUAAAAUUUUAUUCAUAUCAAAAUGCGAAAAAAAUAACCGCAUACUAGUUUAUUUAUUUGUUAGAAGUAGCAGCUUUUAAAGUCGGGUAAAUUAGUUGUAAAAUCUAUUUUUAUUGUAUAGAUUAUAUUUAAUUUCAAUUACAUUAUUAAUUUAAACUAGAUUUUUUCCAUUAUAUUCGAAACAAACUUAUUGAUUUAAAAAAAUUAUUUUCAUAUCAUUUCGUCAUCUGCUAAGAGCAACUAGGUUGGCACUCAGUGUAUAAAUGCAUCCGAACAUAUCGUUUUAUGUAAUUGUGCUAUUGUCCUUAAUUUUUACCUUUUUAUAUUCAAUUUUAGUUUUUUGAUCUUUUUCCAAUAUUUUACUUUCUUGUUGAAUUCUGUGAAAUAACACAUAGUGUUAAAACCAACAAAGUUUUGCUAUUUCAUUUAUUUCUAAAACGAAAUAAUGAACAGUUCUGGUGCUAAGCUUUCAGAACUUUGUUGAACGGUUUCGUGUUUUGUGAUAGUUUUUAAAAUAUUUCCUUAACUAGAAAACUUAUUGAAUGUGUUUUAAUGAAAUUAUUUUACAAAAGUUGAAUAGCUGUUAUGCAUGAGAGAGAAUUUGUAGUACAUAAGAGUCUCAAGAAUUGUGUGGAAGUAGAACAACGCUGGAUGCGACGCAUGAAAGACGAGAAUUUCUAGCACAUCUCAAUCACUUCAACAAUAGUGUUGAAUCAGGAACAAUUGCGGAUGUUGCAUGCUAAAGCAGCAUCAUUUUCUCCUUCAACUUGUUUGUGAUGAUUUUUUAAACCAUGAAUAAAUAUUUCG